AUAGAAUGCCAUCUAUCCAUCAACUAAAUAUUUUAAAUUCUUGCUUCGUCACUUUCUUGCAACAUUUUGUAUCUGUGAAAACAAUUAAUUAAUAUUUCAAUAGCUUUCAUCUUUAAGAUACAUCCAAACAUCAACUUUCCAAACACAUUUUAACAAUGGAGAGAACACAAUCUUCACUUCUACAAAUUCAGCCUCCAACUUAUGGAAACUUAGUGACAAUUCUAAGCAUCGAUGGUGGCGGUAUUAGAGGCCUUAUUCCUGCAACUAUUCUCGAAUACCUUGAAUCAGAACUUCAGGAAUUAGACGGUGAAUCUGCACGACUUGCCGAUUACUUUGAUGUGAUUACAGGAACAAGUACUGGUGGUCUUGUAACUGCCAUGUUAACUGCUCCAAAUGAUAAACAACGUCCACUUUUUGCUGCUAAAGAUAUCAAACCCUUUUACUUGGAACACUGUCCAAAUAUUUUCCCACAAAACAAGCACAUGUUAGGUUCAAUGGAGAAGUUGUUUAGAUCAUUGGCAGGACCAAAAUACGAUGGAAAAUACCUUCACAAUGUGGUGAGGGAAAAGCUUGGAGAAACUCGUGUGCAUGAGACUCUCACCAAUAUUGUGAUCCCCGCGUUUGACAUUAAGUCGAUGCAACCAAUCAUUUUUUCAACUUAUCAAAGCAAGAGAACCCCAUGCAUGGAUGCUCGACUCUCUGACAUAUGCAUCAGUACUUCUGCGGCUCCCACCUAUCUUCCGGGUUACAACUUCAAGAACCAAGACACAGAAGGAAACGCACAUGAAUUCAACCUUAUUGAUGGUGGUGUUUGUGCGAAUAAUCCGACUUUAGUGGCCGUGAAUGAAGUAACCAAGCAAAUAGUUAAUCAGAAUAAUGACUUUUACUCCAUCAAGCCCAUGGAAUAUAGUCGCUUUCUGAUAAUUUCAUUGGGAACUGGUACACCAAAGAACGAACAAAAGUUUGAUGCAAAAAUUGCAGCAAAAUGGGGUCUGUUGAAUUGGUUAACUCAUGGUGGUUCCACUCCCUUAAUUGAUAUUUUUAGUCAAGCCUCCGGAGAUAUGGUUGAUUUUCAUAUUGCUACUGUCACUCAAGCCCUUACCUGUCAAGAUAAUUAUCUUCGGAUACAAGAUGAUACAUUGACUGGUAUAGACUCUUCGGUUGAUAUUGCCACGAAAGAGAAUUUAGAAAACCUAUGCAAAAUUGGAGAAAGGUUAUUGAAGAAACCUGUAACUAAGGUCAAUUUAGAGAACGGUAUGUGUGAGCCUACGGAAAAUGCUGAGACCAACCAAGAAGCUCUCAAAAGGUUUGCAAAAAUACUAUCACAAGAGAGGAAGCUUCGAGAAUUGACAUCUCCUCACACUAACAAGAACUUAAAAUAAAGAGAACCUCCAUUGUUGACGAAGAUUUUUAGUUUUUGUUCUUAGGUUAAUUUGAUAUUUUAUGUUAUUUUUUAGUAAAAUUAUUUGUCUACUCCAUUUAUCAUUUAAAUUUAUAGUUGGUAUUGGAUUCAAUUGAUUUAAUGAAAAGGUGAACGUAUUUAGUUAUGAUAA